UAUCGUUUCGUGACGUCACUGACAUGACAUGAAAUUACGGAAAUUAGAAAUGGCUGCGAUGGGUAGUGGACGGGGAAUGAUGGAUUCCCAAAAUCAAGUGCAAAGUGAUACUGUAGAUCGUUUAAAAUUGCUAUAUCCAAAUGUGAACGAAGAGGAAACCCCAUUACCAAGAUCAUGGAGUACUAAAGACAAAUUCAGCUACAUCGGGUUGUCGCAAAAUAAUCUACGAGUCCAUUACAAAGGUGGGACGCAGGGCCCGGGCCGCCGACCCCACCUGCCCUACCUCCACUUACGCCUCUGGAUGUAUCGUCACGGCAAGACGCACAAGGACGCGGCCAGCGUGCGCGCCACGCACCCCAUCCCCGCGGCGUGCGGCCUCUACUACUUCGAGGUGCGCAUCGUGUCCAAGGGCCGCGACGGGUACAUGGGCAUCGGACUCUCGGCACAUGGCGUUAACAUGAACAGAUUACCUGGCUGGGACAAGCACUCGUACGGGUACCACGGCGACGACGGGCACUCGUUCUGCUCGUCGGGCACGGGGCAGCCGUACGGGCCCACGUUCACCACGGGCGACGUCAUCGGCUGCGGCGUCAACCUCGUCGACAACACAUGCUUCUACACCAAGAACGGACACCAUCUCGGCAUCGCCUUCAGAGGACUGCCGCCGAACCUGUACCCGACAGUGGGGCUGCAGACGCCGGGCGAGGUGGUGGACGCGAACUUCGGGCAGCAGCCCUUCGUGUUCGACAUCGAGGACAUGCUGCGCGAGCUGCGCGCCCGCACGCGCCGCGCCAUCGACGAGUUCCCGCUGCCCGAGGAGCAGGGCCAGUGGCAGCAGGCACUGCACAGGAUGGUGUCGACGUACCUGGUGCACCACGGGUACUGCAGCACGGCGCAGGCCUUCUCCCGCGCCACCGGGCAGCCCAUCGACGAGGACAUCGCCUCCAUUAAAAAUAGACAAAGGGUGUCGAAGCUGGUGGUGUCGGGGCGCAUCGGCGAGGCCAUCGAGACGACGCGGGCGCUGUACCCCGGCCUGCUGGAGCGGGACCACGACCUGCUGUUCCUGCUCAAGUACCGCCAGUUCGUCGAGAUGGUCAACGGCUCCGACCAGGAGGGCGGCGAGAAGGCGAACGGCGUGGCGACGUCGGUCAUCUCGCACACCAGCCGCGCGCCCAGCGCCAACGGACACAGCGACAAGCACACCAACGGCGUGGCUGAAGCAGACUCGAGCCGGCCGCCCAGCGAAGACGACGUGGACAUGUCGCCGCCGCCCGCCACCAACGGCGAACACGCAGGUGAGGAGGCGCUGCCGCUCGUGAAGGGCAUGCCGGGCGUGACGGCCAGCCUCGCCGCGCUGCUGCCCGACUUCCGCGCCGAGGCGGAGGGCGGCUCGCGCGCGUCGGUGGAGCGCAUGCUGGCGUUCGGCCGCGAGCUCUACGCCAUGAGCCAGAAGCUGCAGCAGGACCAGUUCGUCAAGAGCAUGCUCGAGGACGCGUUCAGCCUGCUGGCGUACAGCAACCCGUGGGACAGCCCGGUGGGCUGGCAGCUGGAGCCCGUGCGGCGCGAGGCUGUCUGCGAGGCGCUCAACUCCGCCAUACUCGGCGUGGUUGCAGAGGCGCAGGGCGCGCAGUGGGUGUCGCCGGUGGAGGCGUGCGUGGCGCACUCGCGCACGCUGCUGCGCCGCAUGGCGCGCGCGGGGCUGGGCGCCUGCGCCUUCGCCGACCUGCCCGCGCUGCUGCGCUGACACGCCGACCCGCGCCGCCGCCACACGCGCGCGCCGCUGUCCGCCUACUUCCCCACCAUCGCGCGCCGCCUGCGCCGCCGCCGCCCCCGGCACGCGCCCUAGUGACGGACGACGAAUAUACGUGUAACAUAGACGUGUUUACGCUUAGCGAGUGGUUGCUUAAGCUUUAUUGAGGGUGAUAUAUCGAGCUCGAGGGCCGACGCCCGCAUCGCUCUCUGUGCUGUCCGUCUGCUCGCUAGUUAGUCACGGGUUCAUAUAGGCAUAUCUUAUUGCCGAUCUUUGCGAUAGUUUCGGUAUUAAAACAAUUGUAAAGAAUUAAAAUGCAUUAAACUGCCAAUAUAACGACAGUCGGCUUUACGAUAAGUUAUUAAGAAGUAGGUGAGCGCCGGCGCGAGACGGCGACGGGUCCUCGAGUGAUCUUCUUAUAUUUAUGAAGUGAGAAAUAUAAACGUGUAAUAAAUAGUAAAUAUGUAACUGUGUGCUCCGCUCUGACCUCAACGAUAACGGACGUUGUGAAAUACGAGUUUAAAUUCGAAUGUAGCUGUAAUAUGUGUCGGAAAUGCGCUGUAUAUUGUCUCUAGCGUAUAUUAUAGAUUAUAUCGUUAUAGAAGUUAAACAAAGUAAUUGUAACGCUCGCGGUGAAGCACUGUUGUCCUUACUUACUUUUUUAAUACUUUAUUUUCAUGAACAUUUUAUCGAUACACUAAUUAUCGAGUUUUCUUCUCUCACUAGGGAUUUCGAUAAGUUGGCGUGUAUACAAAAGUCGAUUAUUAUCUAUAAAUAUUUUUAUAUCGAUUUUUGUUUAUGAAACACCGGGUACCGGUGGGACAUUGUACAGAUAAUUGUAGCAGUUUAAUUCUUAGUCAGGAAUCGACUAACCGACUAAUGUUUAUACAGACUCGACUUUCCGCAACAGUGUUUCCGCUAAACUUUAAUAUAGAGAUAUAUAACGUGAAAAGAGUGUAGAGAUACUAAGAUUUACGAAUUGAUGUAUUGCUAUUGCAUUUAGGUUAUGUACCUGACUUCAUUGUACUGCAAGUCAGGAGUUUGGAAACCCCGGAAUAUGGUACUCUCGGCUGGUCUGGCUCUAUGUAGUUCUAAAUGCAAUACUGAUAGUAUCUGGCGAGGCGGCGCGGCGGAGUGCGUCGCGGGCCCACUGGGCACUUCACUCACAUGUACGCAUUAGCAGGUAUCAGUGUUGAGUUAACAUUAUGUACAGCAUGACAUAAAACACGCUCUGUCAAGUUCCUGAAUAUCUUCUACAAAAUAUUCGCAAGUCUGAUUUUAAUAGCUUAUAGUUCAGUUGGAUGCGUGAAAUUGAAGCCAAGUGGAUGAGCCUGUACUGUUCUUUUAGUAUAAUUUAAUUUGUAUAAGUUUGUAUGCGAUGACACUAUCAUAGUAGCGAGGUUGACAAUGUACUGUAAUCUCGUGGUCUCGCUAGUAUGCGAGUGUAGGACUCCGCCCGACGCCGACGCCAUAUAAUUUGUUCUGUAAAGAUCAGUCUACAAUAUUGUUCUUAUAUUGUAUUGUUUUCUUUUUUAAUAAUAUAUUAUGUUUAAACUGCU